CAAAAAAAUAAGACUCUCGGAUACUUAUCUAUUGUAUAUAUAUUUUUCCAUGUUUUUAGUGUAAAAGAAACAUACUUGAAUUUACAUAUAUCUAGUCAAAGACAAUAACAAAGAGUAUUAGGAAAUGUUUCUUAUUUCUAGAACAACUAUAAUUUAACAUACACGGAUAAUAUAAUUGGGCCUUAACAAGACUUUUAAUGUAAUAACAAAUACAAUAAAAUAAUGACUAAAUGUAGGUUAAACUACUCUCGUUUCUGUAAAGUAGGUAUUUGCCAGCGUGUCUCUACAAACCUAAUGUUCAUAUGUAAAUAAAAACACAAUGCGGGAAUCACAAAUAAUGAGAGACUCAAUUUGAGUACUGCAUCCAUAACUGGACGCUGUUUCUCUCCAAAAGCUAGUUUAAAUUUAGUUUGUCAUUUCGCAGUUUUCUUGUUAUUGUAAUUUUUAUUUGAAAGCUUCGCUUGCAUCAACAACAGUUGUGGCACUCUUAUUUUUAGUUGUUCGGUGUAUUUUCAUAUUAGUGAACACGUAAACUUUGUACGGAUCGUUCUAUGUGCGAAUAUUUGUGAAUUCAUGUAACGGUGGAAGUCAAGAAAUCGUUUAUUUACGAAGUAAUACGUUUUAGCGAUAGAAUGCUGCGGUCUGUCUUAAUUUUUGGUCUAACCAUUCAGUUAUUGGUCUUGGCGGUUUUUGCUUUGGAUAUCACACAACUUCCAGAUGACAAUCAGCAUUUCAACCGGACAUUGGCGGGUAUUAUGCGCCCCAGAGUGGUGGGCACGCCUGGUCACAAAGAAGUUGAGAAAUUCAUAAAAAGGGAACUAACAACACUCGGCUUUAGCACGGAAGUUGACCAAUUUUCCGAAAGGGUCCCCAUUUUAGGCAAUGUUACUUUCACAAACAUUAUUGGUGUUUUAAAUCCCAACGCUCGUGAUUUUUUGGCGCUUGCUUGCCAUUAUGACAGCAAGUAUUUUCAGGAUGAUCCCGGUUUCGUAGCAGCUAUAGAUUCAGCAGUGCCAUGUGCCACCAUGUUAAAUACCGCUAAGACAUUAUCAUCGUAUCUUUUGGGCAACUUUAAAGACCGCAGCGAUAUUGGGUUAAUGUUAAUAUUUUUUGAUGGUGAGGAAGCUAUUAAGGAUUGGUCAGAUACCGAUUCGAUAUAUGGAUCGCGUCACUUGGCAGCAAAAUUAUCGAAUACACGUACUUCAAUGGGCCUAGGCCGCAGUAUUGAUCGAAUUGAAGUCUUAGUACUACUCGACUUGAUUGGGGCCGCCAAUCCAAAAUUCUACAGUUUUUAUCCGAAUACUUAUGGCUUGCAUCAUAGCUUGUCCGAAAUUGAAUUAUCAUUGUCAGCAGCCAGGCAACUUGAGGGAAAGAAUCUGAUGUUUAUGAGACGCCCAUCAACCGGCUUUGUCGAUGACGAUCACAGGCCAUUUUUACAACAAAAUGUGCCAGUUUUACAUCUCAUAACAACACCCUUUCCACCACAAUGGCACACACCGAACGAUAAUGCGGCAAAUUUACAUUGGCCCUCCAUUCGUAAUUUUAAUAAAAUUUUCCGUGCUUUUGUCUAUGAAUAUUUACAACGUCAUAAGGAACAAGUAAACUUGCGAGCCGCAUUCCGUUAAACAUUUUAUUACUUUGUCCAAUAAUAAAAAUUAGUUCCAUAGUAAUAAAAAAAUAUCUUAAGUUUC